CACGCUUCGUUUUUCUGCCACUGUGACAAACCCUGCUUGAGCUUGGGCAAGGUCGUUGUCGGAAAACUGAAGGCUGGAUCGACACAGCUGUUUCGUGUUUGCUACAGGUCUGUAAGCGUUCCUCCUACAAACAAAUUCUGACAGGAGCACCGCUUCAUUCCUCAGAGAAAAAUCCCCUGUUACUUGAGAGAGCAGGAAAGAGUGACUGCUUCCGACAAUGUCCCUGGACGAGAGGUUCAAUAAGGCUGCUGAGGAUGUUAAAAAUCUGAACGCUACACCCAACGAGGAGGAACUUCUUGAGCUGUACGCUCUUUACAAGCAAAGUUUGGUUGGUGACGUAAAUACUCCAAGACCUGGGGGGCUUCUUGACUUUAAAGGGAAGGCCAAGUGGGAUGCUUGGAAUGAGAAGAAGGGAAUAUCACAAGACGAAGCAAAGGAGGCAUACAUUGCUAAAGUUCAAUUAUUAAUCGAAACAUAUGGCACAAAAUGAAGAAGGCCUACCCAGUGGAACAGAUUUCACACAGAAGUAUCCCUCUUCAAGGUGCAAUAUGAUGGAUCAACACCAGUUAUGCCAAAUUUGAUGGCAUGACAUAAUUAUACAAAUAAGUUUAAUGGUGCCAUGCUUCUAGUGAAAUAUAAUGAUCUGAAAAUUGAGCUGCUCAAUCAAAGACUUUUUAUAGAAGUAAAAUCUCUUUCCAUGCCUUAUUAGUGUAUAAAUAAAAGAUGGCCUCUUGUUAUUCUAUAAGAAAUGUCUGUCUUGCAGUGUUGACAUUAUAGUUCAUGGAAGUAGAUCAGAAUUUUCACUGUGAUCAUUACAGCUGUUAUAAAAUUGAAAAGCAAAAUGGAUCGAAGUGUGAUGUUUUCUUGUGUUCAAUUUUAAGUGGAAUAUUUUCAUUGCAUUUAAUGUAACGUUUUCAAAGAUUCCAUAAACAUAUUUUGUUCUGAGCAUUA